AUGGGCAAGGGUCGUUCAAAGCUAAAGCAAGGCCCCCCCGGCGCGCUCGACGAGUCCCUCAUCUCGUCGCUCAAGCCCGGCAUCAAGCGCAAAGCCAGCACCGCCGCCGACAACGACGGCGGCAGCGAGGGCCCCACAUCAAUUGGCAAGAAGGCCCGCCAGGAGGAGCAGCAGAAGGCCAAGAAGCGCAAGGAAGACGACUUCCGAAAGACCAAAGCCGCAGCGACGAAAAAGGAAAGGGCGACAAAGGACAAGGACCAGAAGAAGAAGAAGUCGGUGGCCGGUAAGGUUGUGAGUUCAAAACCUUCAAAGAAGGCUGCAGAGCCCAGCAACAAGAAGAAGGACCUGUUUGAUGAUGUGGACGAGAUCAAUGACGCAAUUGCUGCUGCGGAGGAGGACGAGGAGGAAGAUGGUGAGGAGGGACCUGGCCCCGUCUCGCUCAACGAUGACUUUUUGGCGAGUGGGGACUCGGAGUCCGAGGACGAUGUCUACGAUUCCGAGGAAGACCAAGGACCAAAACCAAUCUUUUCUGAUGACGAAGACGACUCAGAGGGAGAGGAGAGGCUGACGGCCGCCAACAUUGAGGGACUCUCACGGAAGCUCGAUAUGCAGCUCGCCGAGGAGGCCGCCGAGGCCCAAGCUGAGCUCGAGGAGGCGGCCAUGCAGACCAACAUUGCCCACGACAAGCCGAGGAUUCUCGGGGACGCCGGAGAGGACGAGGAUGAAGACAUGACUACCGCUCCCCCAGACAUUGCCCUUCUCCGCACCCGCAUAAACGACACCGUCCGCGUGCUCGAGGACUUCUCAAAGCUGGCUGAGGAGGGACGCUCGCGCGUCGACUACACUGAACAGAUCAUUAAGGACAUCUGCGAGUACUAUGGCUACUCGCCAUUCCUCGCAGAAAAGCUCUUCAACCUCUUCUCCCCGUCCGAGGCAUUCUCCUUCUUCGAAGCCAACGAGAAGGCGCGCCCCCUCGUCAUCCGUACAAACACCCUCAAGACCGCCCGCCGCGAGCUCGCCCAGGCACUCAUCAACCGCGGCGUCACCCUCGAGCCCGUCGGCAAAUGGUCCAAAGUCGGUCUCCAAGUCUUCGAAUCCCAAGUCCCCCUUGGUGCAACCCCCGAGUACCUUGCAGGCCACUACAUCCUCCAAGCUGCCUCCUCCUUCCUCCCCGUCAUGGCCCUGGCCCCCCAGGAGAACGAGCGCAUUCUCGACAUGGCCGCCGCCCCCGGCGGUAAGACAACCUACAUCUCCGCGCUCAUGAAGAACACAGGCUGCGUCGUCGCCAACGACGCCAACCGCGCACGUUCCAAGGGUCUAAUCGGAAACAUCCACCGCAUGGGCGUCAAAAACACCAUCGUGUGCAACUACGACGCCCUCGAGUUCCCCCGUGUCAUGGGCGGCUUCGACCGCAUCCUCCUCGACGCGCCCUGCUCCGGUACAGGCGUCAUCAGCAAGGACCCCAGCGUCAAGACCAACAAGACGGAGCGCGACUUCCUCGCCCUCCCGCACCUGCAGAAGCGCCUGCUGCUUGCCGCAAUCGACUCGGUCAGCCACAGCUCCGCGACCGGCGGCUACAUCGUCUACUCCACCUGCUCGGUCACCGUCGAGGAGAACGAGGGCGUCGUCGAGUAUGCGCUGCGUAAGCGGCCUAAUGUGCGCCUUGUUGAGACAGGGCUGACGUUUGGCCGUGAGGGCUUCACGUCGUUCCGGGGGAAGAGGUUUAAUGAGAAGAUGAAGUUUACGAGGCGAUACUACCCGCAUAUGUACAACGUUGAUGGCUUCUUUGUCGCAAAGUUUAAAAAGAUUGCGCCGACGCCGAAGGCGGAUGCGGAGAAGGAGAAGGAGGAUGAUGACGAGGAGAUGGUGGAUGCGGUGGAGGAGGAGGAUAAUGUGCCCUUUGGCGGCUUUGACGAUGAGGCCGAUAAGGAGCUGUUGGAGAAGGCGGAGAUCAGGAUGAGGAAGAAGAAGGGUCUCGGAAACGGCGUCAAGAAGAACGGAGUGAAUGGUAACGCUGCUGCCGCUGUCCCUGCCGCAGUCCCUGCCGCAGAGGAGGAGGUCGAGAAGAAGGUUGAGGAAUUAAAGAUUGCGGAGGAAGCAAAAGCCGAGGAGGAGCCCAGUAAGGAGGUCAAUACCCCGAAGAAGAAGGAUACAAAAAAGGGAAAGGAGACCAGCCAGGAAACCGAGAAGCCAGUAGUCCCCGCAACAGAGACAGCCCCAGCAGAGGUGAAGGAGAAGAAGUCAGCUACAAAGAAGUUACACAAAGGCAAGAGGGGUGGGAAAUAA